GAAAAGGUGGGGCGUGGUAGCGUUUCCCCACGAGCACAUUUCAGUGUGACACCCCAAACAGAAAGUUUAUCCGCUGAGAAAAAUAAACUAGUGUGAAGGUGGGACGAGUGAGGAGGUGGAAAAUGUCCGAGCUAAGCGACGAGGCCAGUGAAUCAGAGCAGCUGGGCGUCAGCCUCUCCCUGUGGCUGGGCGAUUCCCUGGUCCGACCCGAGGAGCUGGAUGUUCCCCUGGACCUCCACACCGCCUGCUCCAUCGGACAGUAUGACGUGGUGGCCGGGUGCAUCAAACAACGUGAGGUGAAUCUGGAUGGUAAGAACAUCGGCGGAUGGACCCCACUGAUGUAUGCGUCCUACAUUGGCCACGACAACAUCGCAAACCUGCUGCUGGAAGCUGGCGUGAAUGUAAAUGCCACCACUGCCAAAGGGCUGACCCCACUGAUGCUGGCAGCGAGCUGUGGCAACGAGAGUAUCGCAUACUUCCUGCUUCAGCAAGGUGCAGAGCUGGAGCUGAAGGACUCACGGGGCUGGACUGCUUUGUUCCACUGCACAGGCACUGGCCACCAGCAGAUGGUCAAGUUCCUGCUGGACAACAAUGCUGAUGCCAAUGUUAAGGAGCCAGGCUCUGGUGUCACUCCCCUGAUGGAGGCUGCAGCUUCUGGACAUGAAAUCAUAGUUCAGUACCUGCUCGAUCAUAAAGUUAAAGUUGAUGACCGCAACACUAAAGGAGAGACAGCCCGUGCCCUAGCAAUGAUGUACGGCUUUACCAAAAUCGUCAGCCUCAUUGACUCGCGCUCUCCAAGGAUCAAACCAGCAGGACACUUUGAAGACCUGAGCUCCUCCGAGGACUCGGACAGCACACCACCCAGGAUCAGGCCAAGUCGAAACAGAGCUAAAGGCGUUAGCAUCCACGAUGGCCCUCAGGCCAUCGCCAAGUUCCGAGUAGGAGGCACCAGCAAACCGUGUGAGCCUGCUGCAGUGCCACCGGGCUACAUGACGUUCAGAGAUAUCGGUGGACAGAGUGAAGGCCUCUGCUAUCGUGAUGUGACUUCCCCCAUCAAUGAGCUGGAUGGCCAGAGCAACAGCAGCAGAGAUGACAGUCCAUUCUUUGACAAUGACAUGCCCACAAUGAGGAGCAGCAGUAGCAGCAGCGAGGGCCUGCCUCACGUGAUCAGCCUUAACUGGGAAGGCUCAGUGGAAAGUAACGAGGACUCUGACCAGUGCAAAAAGAGCAGCUCCCGCAGAGUAAAUAAGGGUCAUCACUCGAAAGGCAAGAGUCGCCACGGGAACAAUGACGCAGCUCACUCCAGUGGACCGGGGAACUGUGGGAUUCGCUCACAUGUUGUUCCUCCGCCUUCUUACACUGGUCCAAAGGAUUUGGCAGAGUUUUUGGAGCAAAUUGGCUUCUCAAAGUAUCUUCCAUUACUUGAGGAGCAAGACAUUGACCUACGGAUAUUUCUCACACUGACUGAAAAUGAUCUCAAAGAAAUAGGAAUCACGUUGUUUGGACCCAAGCGUAAGAUGACCUCAGCCAUUGCGAGGUGGCACAGUAGCGCUCGACCACCCGGUGAUGCUCUGGAACAGGCUUAUGCUGACCAGCUUGAAGCAGAGAUGCAAGAAAUGGCUAUUCAGCUACACAAGCGCUGUGAGGAGAUGGAGAACCUGCAGAGCCAGGUCUCUCAGGAGAAGGAGCUGCGGACUGUGAUGGAGGGAUGCCUGAUGGAGGACAAGAUGGCAUGGAAGAGGGUUCACACUGAGCUCGUGGAGAACCAUCGGCUGGCUCAGGACAUGAGCGCUACACUGGCAAAGGCGAGGACCUGUUGUGCCGAGCUGCUCUCUGGCGUCACUACUGAUGGCAAUGGCUGCCUUUAUACAGGUGCGGACGAUAAAGCAAAAGAUGAUACCGGUGUUAAAGCAGCGGGUGGCCUGGCGUCCUCCAAAGUUGUCGAGCUAAUGAAGAAGCUGGAUUCCUAUGAAGAUCAACUGGCGGGGACACUCAACACUAUGCUGCAAAGUCUGAGGAGACUGAGUGCUCCGGAAAAAGUGUCAGAUAGCUGGGAACGGCCUUAACCUGUCAAGGGGUUUCUGCCAAUAUAUGACGGAGGGUGAUCUGACCACCCUGAACAAUCCUCACUGGAAUGGGAGAAAAAGGAGCCAGCCCCAGACUUGAAGCAGCUGACCUGCUGUGCCCCCUCCCUCUGGGUUUGGCUGAAAGACCAGAGCUGGCCAGAUGUGGACAAGGCCAUGGAGAACGGCAGCUGCUACAAGGAAAUGACAAGCAGGCAGGAAGGGAACCUGACCCCCCCCACAUGCUUGUGCUGGUGAAUACUGGACUCUGGUAGUUGCAUUGUGAAAAUGCAGAGUAGAGGAGAAGGACCUGCUAGUGGAUCAGAGGCUGUUAAACUGUGAAGCAUUUGUUUGAAAAUAAAAAAAUACAUUUGUGUACUCUCUGCUGUAUGAAAUGCCACCAGGUGAAGUACAUUUCUUAAAAGUGGGUAAGUAGUUUGUUUAGUUAAAAUUAGGUGGUAAUGAAAUCUUCUCAUUCAUAUUCUGUUUGGAAACUGUCAGUGAAGAUCUACUCGGUCUACAGUUGUUCAGUUUGGACAUGAGUUUAAGAACUGACAACAUUUCCUGUUUCAGAUUUCCUUCAGUGAGUUGAUUGACUGUGUAUCUUUUAGACAUCAAAUCUGUUUCACAAUGAAAUUGAAGUCCUUUGAAAUGCUGGAUUUGUCUUUGUAUUGGGAUGAAAAUUAAAACAUUGAGGGUG